CAAAGGCGCCCAUGCAAUGCAUCCUGCAGGGAUCCGAAGUUACGUCCACGAUCACCUCACCCCACCAAUCAUCCACCUACAUGUCUGCACCAUCAAUACCGAAUCUCAAUACUCUACGCCGGGGAGGCUUGCGAGGAAGAGUUCGAGGCCGUGGCGGUUCGGGUGCGGGUGCUGGGACCACGGCUGCGAAGGGAAUCCAGCAUGAUACUAUCGUACAAAAUACCGAUCAUGAUGCAGCCACGUCUCGUCUUAGUGCAGUUGAUGCCGGCUAUCUCGAAGACCCCUUUGCACACCUGCUGACUCCUACGGAAGGCGUGUCGAGACGGCUGCCUUUGAUGAAUCGAGGCACUUACGCGAGAACCACCGGAAUUGACAGGAUCGUGGAUGCUUUUCUAUCUGCGACAGGAAAUUCUCACAAGCAGAUCGUUUCGUUGGGUGCAGGAAGUGACACAAGAUAUUUUCGGCUCAAGCAGGCGCGAAGAGAUGUGGCCAUCACCUACCACGAGAUUGACUUUGAGGCCAAUACGCGGCGAAAGGUCAAUCAACUACGGAGUCCUGCAUUUUCGGCGGCGGCAAAGAACCUUGCAGGUGUUGACAUGCACGCUCACCAGGUCGAGAUUUCCGACGACGGUGCCAUGUUGACGUCUCCCGAGUACAUCAUCCACUCACGAGAUCUUCGUCAACUUCCUCAUCAAGAGGCAGGCUUGACUGGCCUGGAUACGAGCUUACCGACGCUCAUCAUCUCGGAAUGCUGCCUCAUCUACCUGCCACCAGACGAUGCAGACGCGGUAUUACGGUACUUUUCCAAUUUAUUUCCCUCGGGAACUCCCUUGGCCAUCGUGAUAUACGAACCUAUUCGGCCCCAUGACUCAUUCGGCAAGACGAUGGUCAACAAUCUCAUGAAUAGAGGUAUACAGUUAAAGACGCUGGAAAAGUAUGCUGGUCUAGCCGAGCAACGGGCCAGGUUGGAAACCCAUGGUUUCAAGAGCGGUGAAGCUGGGACUUUGGGGGGCUCAAGGUCUGUUGAUGUCGACUUUAUCUGGCGAGAAUGGGUGGACGGUGGUGAGAAGGAACGGAUCGAUGGCUUAGAGUGGAUGGAUGAGGUUGAAGAAUUUGUUCUGCUGGCGAAACACUACUGCAUCUCAUGGGGUUGGCGAGGAUACGGCGAAGAUGGGAACUGGCGAAGUCUUCCAUCCACCAUUCCUACCACUUAGAUAGGAUGAAUUUGUUGUUGGCAUAAAGCACGCACGCAUGACGAAAUGUUUACCCAGCUAGUAGUUCCUUG